GGCGCUCCUUGGCUACCGACGCUCGAUGGCGUCGCGGCGGCCCUGGAGGGCGGAGAGCGCAGCUCAUGCAGAAUUUCAGCUUGAUGACAUUGAACAUAUGUGGACAAUUGUGAUUAAAAAAUAACUGAAUAUGUGCAGUUAUAAACAUGUAGAAGAGUUUGUCGUCAAAUGUUUGGAAGUAGGAUCUAUGUAACCUUCAUAACAGGGACUGAAGAUUAUGUACUUAAAAUGACUCUUCAGGAGAUGGUGCAUCAGGCAGCCAGCCUGUAUUCUGAUAGAAAAGCAGUAUGUUUUGAUGAAUAUAAUGAUAAACCUCCAGUUUUCUACACUUACAAGGAGGUUGUUAGUCUUGCCACAGAAUUAACAGUUUUCCUGCAAAACUACUGUGAUCACAGAGGAAGGUUUGAAAUAGGCCUUUACUGCUAUCCUGGAAUAAAUUUACCAUCUUGGAUUUUAGGAAUCCUCCAAGUUCCAGCUGCAUAUUCUCCUCUUGAUCCAGAUGCACCACCAGUGUUAUCUAACUAUUUUAUGAAGAAAUGCAACCUCCAGUAUAUCCUUGUUGAGAAUGACAAAAUAAAUAAAUUCAAAAUAUCCCACGCUGGCUGGUUUUACCAGAGUUCUUUUGCAAUAGAUGAUGUUGGUUUAACUCUUUUCCAAAUUAAUUGGAAUGAUGUUCAUGUAAAUCUGCUGUUAGAUGGCGCAGAAGACAAAAAUGGACUCUCCAAAGCUGCAAGUAAUUGGGAGACAGAUUACGUAGCUGACCUGGACCAACUUAAAUCAAAGACAUCACAAAGGGGGUACACGGAUGUCAGGCAGCAACAUUCUUUGGCAUACAUCUUGCAUACAUCAGGAACUACAGGGAUCCCCAAAAUAGUCAGAGUACCUCAUAAAUGUAUUGUGCCAAAUAUUCUUCAUCUUCAAUCCCUAUUUAAGAUCUCACCACAUGAUAUGCUGUUCAUGGCCUCACCUCUGACAUUUGAUCCAUCUGUAGUUGAGUUGUUCGUUGCUCUGACAAGUGGAGCCUCUCUGCUUAUAGUACCAAACCCCAUAAAAAUGAUGCCUCUGAAGUUGUCUGCUGCUCUUUUUCACCGUCACAGGGUGACAGUAUUGCAGGCAACACCAACAUUUCUCAGACGAUUUGGAGCUCAACUUAUAAAGUCAACUGUGUUGUCUGCCAGUACUUCACUCCGUGUCUUAGCCCUCGGUGGAGAAGCAUUUCCUGCACUGAAUGUCUUGAGAAGCUGGAAGGGCAGGGAAAACAAAACACAUGUUUUUAAUCUCUAUGGCAUUACAGAAGUAUCAAGCUGGGCCACAUGCUACAGGAUUCCUGAAGAAGUUCUUAGCUCUGAUAUUCGAUUUGAUUCCCCUGUACCACUGGGAUCACCACUGCUUGGAACAACAGUUGAAGUCAGAGAUGCCACUGGUUCUGCAGUUCUAGACGGAGAGGGACAAGUUUUCAUAGGUGGUAAAGAACGAAUCUGCUUCCUUGAUGAUGAAGUAACUGUCCCUUUGAACACAAUGAGAGAAACAGGGGACUUCGUGAGAGUGAAGGAUGCAGAGAUGUUUUUCUUAGGACGGAAGGACAAUCAGAUUAAACGUCAUGGCAAACGUCUUAAUAUUGAAUAUGUACAGCAGGCUGCUGAAGGUCUUUGUCAUGUGGAAGCCUGUGCAGUGACAUGGUAUCGACAGGAAAAGUUAAUCUUGUUUGUUGUACCUAAAGACAACUUAGCAAGAGACACUCUUAAGGAACUCCAGAAACAUCUCCCAACCUACGCAAUCCCUGAUGAACUUGUGCUGAUAGAAACUUUGCCUUUCACAUUGCAUGGCAAAAUUGAUGUUUCUGAGCUGUGCAAGAUUUACAGUAACCAUCUAAAUUCCAGAAGGCAUGACAGUAAGCUGAGCGGAGCAGAGGAAUUGUGGGAAAGAUUGCAGUAUUUAUGGAAGUCUCUGCUGAGUCUUCCAGAUGAUUCACCAAGCAUUUCCAAAGAUUCACUGUUUCUGUACAGUGGUGGAGAUUCCUUGAAGUCACUACGGUUUCAUGAUGAGAUUGAGAAUUUGGCAGGCAAGGCCAUUCCUGGACUCCUGGAAGUUAUUCUCAGCAGCUCCAUUGCUGAGGUUUACCGACAUGUUCUUAAAGCUGUAUUCCCAAGUGAGGACCAAAUAAUGAAUCAUAACACUGUGAAAAGAAAACUGAAUGAGAGCAGUGGAGGGGAAUUCCAUAGAGAACACACAAAACCAAAAUCUAGAAGGUACUUUAAUGCUGCUGCAGGAUUGAUUGCAUUUAUUGCACUAAACCGAGGAAAUCGGAUGUUGUCAAUGACUUCCCCUGAGUCUCUUAUGAGCCCAUAUAAUGCAGGACAGGCAGGAACAGAGUUAAGACAACAAGCAUCUUAUUCAUCUGCUGUAACUUCUAAUACAAUGAAAUAUGAAGUGACAGAGAAUAAAUCUGGAAAGAGCAGAAGCCGUCCAAAAAUUGCAAGCAAGACAAAUGAAACAGGUACUCAUUCUGUAGAACAAGCUCCUUCAGAAAUGCCUGAGAAGCUGAUAUUACAUGUAAGAUGGAAGUCAAAUAUGGGCAAAUGUGUAGAUGCCUCCCCAUUAGUUAUAAUACCAGCCACGGAUGAUUUAUCAGCAACUGUAUACGUUGGGUCUCAUUCUCACACAAUGCAGGCAAUUGAUUUACACUCAGGAAAAAUCAAGUGGGAGAGAAUUCUUGGAGAUCGUAUUGAAUCCUCUGCAUGUGCGUCUAAGUGUGGAAACUUCAUUAUCGUUGGCUGCUAUAAUGGUUUCGUGUAUGUACUCAGAAGCCAUAAUGGGGAAAUACACUGUAUCUUUACUGCAGAAGAUGCUGUGAAAAGCUCUGCAGUUGUGCAUCCUUCCACUGGACUAAUCUACAUUGGAUCGCAUGACCAGCAUAUAUAUGCUUUGGAUAUUUAUAAGGAGGAACAUGUCUGGAAGCUGCACUGUGAAGGUGGAGCUGUGUUUUCGUCUCCUUAUCUAAGUAUCUUGCCAGAUCACCUGUAUGUUGCUACACUAGGAGGACUUUUAUUGGCUGUAAAUCCAGAUACGGGUAAUAAGAUCUGGAAAAGUUCCUGUGGAAAACCCCUCUUCUCCUCUCCUCACUGCAGUGAGCAGUAUGUGUGCAUUGGAUGUGUGGAUGGGAAUGUGUACUGUUUUAGCCACUCAGGAGAAAAGGUUUGGCAGUUUUCCACCAGUGGACCAGUCUUUUCAUCCCCAUGUAUCUCAAGUUUAACUAAGCAAGAAAUAUAUUUUGGUUCCCAUGACCGCUUUAUCUACUGCUGUAAUAUGGAAGGUAAUUUACUGUGGAAAUUUGAAACCACUUCAAGCGUAUAUGCAACUCCCUUUAUUUUCCAUAGUCAUGACUUGGAGAGUGAAACGCUGCUGGCAGCAACAUCCACAGAUGGUACAGUGUGGGUCCUGAAUGCUAAGAAUGGAUUGGUAACAGGUGUCAAUAAACUUCCAGGAGAAGUAUUCUCUUCCCCUGUAGUAUGCGGAUCAAGGCUCGUUGUUGGCUGUAGAAAUGAUUACGUUUAUUGCCUAGAUUUGUGUAUCGCUGAAGAAACAAGAACUAUUAGGAUGUGUUAAUCUGCUUUAUCUCUAGUGUCUACACUUGGACGUUAAGAACACCCUUAAAUUGUACUUUAAAGCACCCAGGCCUGUAGGUGCUGCUCUUGGCCCAUGCUACUUUUGUAAAAUGUAUCAUGUUUGCAAACUUUGUUAGUUAACAAUUUUGCACCAACAGGCAUGUCUAUGCUGCAAUAAAAGACGUGUGGCAGUGAGUCUCAGAGCUUGGAUCAACUGACUUGGACUUGUGCUGUGGGGCUAAAAAGAGCUCUUUUUAGUCCCGUAGCAGGAGCUCGAGUCAGUUGACCCUGGGCUCUGAGGCUCGCUGCCGUAGGUUGUUUGUUGCAGAGUCAAUGUACCCAUUGUCUUGUCUGGACUAGGAAAAAUGUGUGGUUUUCUUUUAAAAUUUUGCCUAUGUGCUGUUUAAAACAUGAUAGUGCUUAGUGGCAACAGUGUGUAAUACUUUUUAAAAAUGAUACGUGGUCAUGGACAACCGUAAACUCCCCCCAGUCAUGAUCUCUGGACACAUUUUUAAGGUGUUAGUGUCUACACUAGGUGAACAUUGGUGCUAGCUAAUAUGUUUUCAAAGUCAAGCUAUUUUCCUAAUCAAGAGACGGCACUUGACUUAAUGAUUGCUCAGCAUCAUGUGUCUGAUUUAAGCUGAAUUUUGGUGAAAAAUAAAUGUGUUCACUC